AUGGGCAAGGUUUGCGCCGUUUUUGGAGGAUCCCGCGGCAUAGGAAAGGCCGUCGCAGAACUGCUGGCACAGAGAGGCUGCCGCCUGGCGAUUAUUGCUAGAGACCUGGAAGUAGCCCAAAGCACUGCACGUCAUCUUGGUGCCGGACACCUGGCACUUAGCUGUGAUGUCUCCAGCGAGCAGCAAGUCCAGAACACCUUUGAGGAGGUGCAGAAGCAUUUGGGUUCGAUUAACUACUUGGUUAAUGCAGCUGGGAUCAACAGGGAUGGCUUGUUGCUGAGAACCAGAACCGAAGACAUGAUAGCCCAGAUUCACACCAACCUGCUGGGAACGAUGCUGACGUGCAAAGCUGCCGUAAGAAGCAUGAUAGCAGGGCAGGGGGGUGCCAUCGUCAAUAUCGGAAGUAUUGUAGGACUUAAAGGCAACUCUGGCCAAAGCGUGUACAGUGCUACAAAAGCAGGAUUAGUUGGAUUUUCCCGCUCCCUUGCUAAAGAAGUAGCAAAAAAGCACAUUCGAGUCAAUGUGGUUGCUCCAGGCUAUAUUCACACGGACAUGACUGCUCAUUUGGAAGAGGACGAGUUGAAGAAAGCCAUUCUCCUGGGAAGAUUCGGAGAGCCUCGUGAAGUUGCACAGGCUGUUGUCUUUCUUCUGGAGUCCCCUUACGUUACAGGCAGUACUCUGGUUGUAGAUGGAGGCUUGCAGCUUCUGAGCUAA